GCGAUUUUUCUCAUUUCCUCUUCUUCUUUUCUCUUAAUUUUUGCACCCCUGAUUAGGAAAUUUUGUGUAAUUUGUAGAAAUAACUAAGUGUAUACAAAGGAACUAUUUGCUGUUGGUAGCUGAGGCUACUUCCUGAAGUGUACUCCGGCUGUUUACACACAUGUGAAAAACACGUGGAUUUGAGGGUAGUCUUGUUUGCGGGUAAUUUAUUUUCGAAAAUGCCGCGUAGGGUGGUGUUUUUCUGGUUUCGGCAGACGAGAUAGGUAACAUAGAACGUUUCUGACUGCGUUAUUCGGCAUCAAUUCUGGAAACUGAUUUUUAAUGAAUUUUUUUUCCUCUAUAGUAAUAUAUAGUGAAAAUAAUUACCGGCGUGAUACCUAUAACUAGGGGACGGAUAGUCUAGGGACGGAUCAGUAAUGGGACGAAUCGACUAAGGGACGGAUUGAUUAUGGGACGGAACGUCUAGAAAGCCCAAAUUAACAUAAACUCAAAUAAUUUAAGAUAUCUUAUAUAUUAUUGCUCUCUUUUAAAAUUGAAUUAAUGCGCAUUAAAUCAAUUAUUGCUCUCAUCAAUUGAAUUAAUGCGCGCAUCAAUUGAAUUUAUGAGAGUAAUAUUAGAUGCGCGCAUUCAAUCUCUCACCAGAGGGCGUAUUACGCUGCGCUACAACACCUCUGUCAACGUCUGAAUGUCAAGAUUCUUGGCAAAACUUAUUUCUACCUAUUGCAUAAUAAAGUAUGAUUUUACAAGUUUUAGUGUUAAGCUUAAAAUCUUACAGUAAGUUCAUAAAAACAACGAAUUCCAUGAUUAUUCUAGUAUUAUUGGAUGAAUGAAUAUUUAUAUAAAACCUUUUAAUUCGCUCGGGUGUCUCAUAUUUACCAGCUUCUGCGUUUAUAAAAUUCAAACAAGUGUUUGAUUUGCUCAGAUAUGAUCAUUACAGUUUGAUAUGCUAAGUUAGUGUUAGUACGUUUUGAUAUGAUUUUUAGACGCUGACAGAGGUAUUAGUGGAGCGUAGCGGGAACGAUAACUCUGGGUAGAGAUUGGCGCGCAUUAAUUCAAUAUUAUUGCUCUCUUUGCAUCAAUUUCGUAGAAAUAUUGCUCGCAAUGAUUAAUUUAGAGCUUCUUACGACCUCUACUUGCAUAGUAGAUAAUAUAUAUGGCGCUAGCACUCUAAUCUUUUUUUUUUUUUUUUUUUUUAAAGAUAAGCUUGUAUUAGUUAUAGCCUAUAAUACCAUCAUUUGCUUUAAGAAAAUGACACGUACGACUUAAUGUUUAUUUCUGAUCAGGGGCAAAUAACUCGUGGGUAACCAACCGUUUUCGCAGAGUCGUCACCUCGGGUGGAUUUUAGUGUUUGAUGGUGAAUUUCAGUUCUUUUUGAGUGGAUAUCGGUUACCUUAGUGGAUUUCUUUUAGCCUAAUAGUGACACAAUCUCGCUAUUCCAAGAAAAAUUAAAACAAAAAUGACGAUUUUUGAUAAAAUUUAUGCGGUAUUUUCUUCUCAGUUUCGUGAGGAAUUUUACAAUUUUCAAAAUGAUGCCAUGUUUCAAAGAAUAUGCGACUGUGUUGGUGUUGUGCACGUGCAAGAAGGCAAUAGUGAUAAGUUGUUGGGUUCGUGGGAAUCUGUUAGAAAAGCUCACGAUGUACUGACAGCGUACAUUUUCCUCAGAUCGUUGAACACGCCAAUGAAUUGUUUUGGUGAAGUUGCUAGAAGCCGUACUGAAUCAUUCGCAGAUUUACCGAAUGGAACAAAUCUAAAUUUAACUUCAUCUAAAGUACUCGAAACGCGCGCCCAGAUGCAUGUUGGUACCAUACCUGUGGUUGUGAAUAUGGACAGUGACACGGUUCAGAGAGACUACAUACAAACGGAGGACAGCGAUGAAACUGACUUAGAUCCUCAUUAUAAAGCAGAAAUUGGCAAAUUGAAACCAGAAUAUGAUGUUGAUGGCUGUGUUAUGUACAACUGUGAUAUGUGUAGUUAUGUUGGGCACAAACAACACAAUCUAGUGGUACACAAAAUUCGCACACACAUUCGCCCUUACAAGUGUGGAAGGUGCAGCAGAGGUUUUGGAUUGCGUAAAGAUCUUCGACGACACCACAAUAAUAAGCGCAGUUGUACAAGGUAUGGGAAGGAUUACAAACAGCAACUAUGUAGAGAAUGGCGAACAAGGUUAGAUAUGCAUUUACUGAACAUAGAAGAAACAAAUAAGCAGGAAGUAACUUCAAAUGAGGGCUUCACUCAAUCUGAGGAUACUAGAAUUGAUGAUAACUGUAGCUCAACAUCUCAACAGAAAGACACAGACCAAACCAAUCCAUCAUAUGAUCAGAUUAUCAAAAGUGAAAUGGAUACUGAAAAAUCUAUGGAAUUGAAGGAAACACCAUCACUUGGUAAAGCUGGUGCUAGCAUUGAAAAUGUCUAUUCUAGAACAAGUGAUCUCUCUACUUCGGAAGUGGACCAAAAACAAUUUUAUUCCAAUCCUACAACAGAGCUGGAGAUUAAACCUAUUUCCUAUAAACAAAUGGAAGACCCAUCAACCAACAUGGUAGAUGCAGAAAAGAUCUUCAUGAAAAAUAAACCAGCUGCAUUCACUGCAACACAACUUUAUGAAAAACAAUAUAAUUCUGGUAUUAUAAAGUCAGAGCAUGAAACCGAAUCUACUUCCUACAUACCUCUGAGCAACCCAGACAAUAGGGAAAAGGUUCAGAUUAAGUGUCAUACUUGCAAUUUUAUUUCGUCAAAAAAACAACAGGUGGAGGACCAUAUCAAACGAGUGCACUGUAAACAAUAUGAAUGUACCUUUUGUGGUUCAAUGUUUGGUAUGACAAAGGACCUAAAUCGUCACUAUCGUAGAACUCAUGGUGUACAUUUGAGGUAUCAGGACAGAGAGAGAGAGAAGCUAUAGAAUCUGUCUUCAUAAAAGAAAAUUUGAAUCGCUUAAACUUGACUUAAUCCAUCUAUUUGCAGAGUAACUUGCUAAAAUUUCUCGUAACACAAAUAUUUGGUCAGUAUUUAUUCAAUCAAAUUUAUUCUUGUUUUGUAAAUUUCAUUUUUGAUCCACACAUGAACAUGGUGAGGCAAUUGAUGUAGUGCGUGUUAAUGAUUGUAAACUUCAAAAGCAUUGUAGCAAAAGUCAGUGUUUCUAUAUGUUGCCAAUACGCCGGUUUCGAGAUACGUCCGAGUUAUUUCCCUUUGGAGAACUCUCGUACAUAGUAAGGCACGAAAGAAUUUGUUUACACGCGGGAGUGGGACAGAUAUUCAUCAUAGCGUAAGUGAAUGUACUCAGUAAGUUUCUCAUACGCUGUUUGAAAACCCGAAUUCGACUGACACACAAACUAAGUAAGUGAUAAGUAUUUAGAGAGUAAUUAGAUACAUAGAAUUUUUAUCCUAUCAUGUUGUUUCGCUGGUCAUAAGUACCAUAUCCAAGACAUUUCUUGCAAAUAUGACAUUGUUUGUAUGUUUCCACUUCGGUAAAACAUUUCUUUCGAUAGUAUUUAGUAUUUCCCACAUUUACAUAUUUAAAGAGAAGCCGCUUUUAAUACAUUUCAUCGUCUUCCUCGUUGGCUGUAUAUCCACUCUGUCCCACUUAGGCAUUCAAAGUUCCACUAAAUGCACCUCCUAUACAGAAGAGUUCGUAUCUCGAAACUGACGUAUUAUAAAAUAUCAUUUACUGUGAAGUAUUGAAAGUAUAAUGUUGGCAAUAAGACCAACAAAUGGUAAUAAAGGACUUUAUUAGUAA